AUGUCUCGAGCUCCUUCGCGCGUCCUGCUGGGCAGACGUGCCUGGAGCACGAUCCCAUCACGAAGCUUCACGAGCUCCAGCACGAGACUGGCAACGACCGAUCAUGUCAGAAUCGUCGAGGUCGGCCCACGCGAUGGACUACAGAACGAGAAGACGAGCAUACCAGCAGAGACCAAGAUCGAGCUCGUCAGGCGGUUAGCAGGAACGGGCAUAGAAACGAUCGAGGCUGGUUCGUUCGUGCACCCGAAAUGGGUGCCACAGAUGGCGGCGUCGGACAAAGUACUGUCGUCGAUCCUCGCGAACCCACCGAGCUCCAGGAAGCCCAUCACCUACCAAUGGCUACUGCCGAACAGCAAAGGCCUCGAUAACUACUUCAAGAUCAUGAACACUUCGGCAUCCACGCCAGAAGGCUACCCCACCCCACCUCCUUCACCGACGCACGAUGGCGGUCCAGCAUUGAGCACCUCGAGCCAGGACCCCAAUGCAAUGCCUUCUGCACCUUCUGGUGCUGCAGCGAUGGAAAGCAACGUAGGCAAUACGGGCAAUGGAAACCAAACACACGAAGUAUCCAUCUUCCUGGCAGCAACAGAGAGCUUCAGCAAGAAAAAUACAAACUGCGGCAUACAAGAGAGCUUGGAUCGCUUCGCGCCGCUCAUGGCGGACAGCAGGAAAGCUGGAUACCCCGUGAGAGCGUAUAUCUCUGUCGCUCUUGGAUGCCCGUUCGAAGGCCCAGAUGUUGACCCACACAGAGUCGCAGACCUUGCUGCAUCACUGCUCGAGAUGGGCGCAGACGAGAUCAGCGUGGCAGACACGACAGGCAUGGGAACAGCGCCGCGAACACGCAAGCUCUUGCAGACACUCAAGGAAGCCGGCGUACGCAGCGAAGACCUCGCACUACACUUCCACGACACUUUCGGACAAGCUUUGAUCAACACGAUGGUUGGCUUGGAACAUGGAAUUCGUACUUACGAUAGUGCUGUUGGAGGGCUCGGAGGCUGUCCGUAUAGUCCGGGGGCUACUGGCAACGUGGCUACGGAAGACUUGGUCUACUUCUUGCACAGUCUUGGUGCUGAGACAGGCAUUGAUCUCGAGGAGGUCAGCAGAAUCGGCAAUUGGAUCACGAAUGAGAUUGGGAAGUCGAAUAGUGCCAGCGCAGGCAAAGCUACGCUGGCUCGUUUAAGUCGAGAAGGGAGUGCAUAG